AGUACUUGCUGUGCUGAGGUGGUGGUGAUGAGUUGAUAAAAAGAGGGGUAUGUUAAUUGUUAUGUUUUCAUUAUAUAAAUAGCCAGGGUGCAUGCACUUCAAACACCUUGGUCCCCUAAACCAUUUUAUGCUCCCAAGGUUCUCUGUGCUAGUUCUAUACACCAUGAACCUUGAAAAUUGUCACUGUCUGAGCACCAUAAGAAGCAACAGCAAUUUGAGUUGGUCAAGUUAUGAGAGAAUUGGCUACGAUCCAAUUGUGUGUGUCAACGAAUUGGUGACCAGAUUGAAGAUGGGAAGCUGGAAAGCAUUGUGGAGGAAGAUCAAGAGGGAAAGGAGGAGAUUCUUUAGACCUUCACCUGUGUUUCAUGUCCAGUAUGAUCCUACCUCCUACUUACAGAACUUCGACGAUGGCUAUUCCACUGACCCGGAUAAUGUUUCUCGGUCCUUCUCGGCUCGAUUUGCAGCACCCUCCAAGAUCUUUGGGAAAAUUGAAGUGAUGGAUGAUGGAGAAUUAGAGAUAAAUCAUAAGAGUAACAUGUUGUAAUUUUGAGUUCCUUUGGACUCAUUUUCAAUUUUUUUCCGAUGAAUUAUGAUGCAUUGUACAAAUGUUGAGACAUCUAGUUAUUAGUUAAUCUCUUUCACUAUUAGAUGCUAUAGAACUUAAGUUCUAUCUGAUAUUUCCAUUUCUUUUUCCUGA